GGGGCCAGCCAUUGUAGCUCGGCAAGUCGCAACCCGACCGGUCAUCGCCCAGUUAACUACUCGCGCAUUCCUCCCGGGCUCGGGGCAUUCUUUCUUUCCUCUCUCCAGACUCUGGCAGCAUCAACUUCCUUCUUCCUUUUCUUCACCCAGUCUUGUUAUCAGAUACCCAUCGCAAUGGCGCCCAGAGUUAUUGUUGUUGGCGGCGGUCUGUCCGGCCUCAGCGCAGCGCACACCAUCUACAUCAACGGCGGCAACGUCGUUGUCCUGGAUAAGCAGGGCUUCUUUGGCGGCAACUCGACAAAGGCCACCUCCGGCAUCAACGGCGCCCUCACAAGGACACAGAUUGAGCAGGGCAUCCAGGACAGCGUGCAGCAGUUCUACAAUGACACGCUCAAGUCGGCCCGUGACCAGGCGCGGCCCGACCUCAUCAAGGUCUUGACCUACAAGUCUGCGGCCGCUGUCGAGUGGCUGCAGGAUGUGUUCAAUCUCGACCUCACGCUCGUUUCCCGGUUGGGUGGCCAUUCGCAGCCCCGUACCCACCGUGGCCACGAUGCCAAGUUCCCUGGCAUGGCCAUCACCUACGCUCUGAUGCAGCGGCUGGAGGAGCUCGCCGAGAGCGAGCCCCACCGCGUUCAGAUCAUCAAGAAGGCCCGCGUCACCAGCCUCAACAAGGAGGGUAAUACCAUCACCGGUGUCAAGUACGAGCACAACGGCGAGACCCUGUCGCUCGACGGCCCUGUGGUGCUCGCCACCGGCGGUUACGCGGCCGACUUCGGCGAGGGCUCGCUGCUCAAGCAGCACCGCCCGGAUACCUUAGGCCUGGCCACCACCAACGGCUCGCACGCCACCGGUGACGGCCAGAAGAUGGUCAUGGCCAUUGGCGGCAACGGGAUCGACCUGGACAAGGUGCAGGUCCACCCUACCGGCCUCGUCGACCCCAAGGACCCCGGCUCCAAGUGGAAGUUCCUUGCUGCCGAGGCCCUCCGUGGUGAGGGCGGCAUUCUUCUGAACGCCGACGGCGACCGCUUCUGCGACGAGCUCGGCCAUCGCGACUACGUCUCGGGCAUGAUGUGGAAGGAGAAGGACAAGGGCAAGUUCCCCAUUCGCCUGGUCCUCAACUCCAAGGCGUCCAACACGCUCGACUUCCACACCCGCCAUUACUCGGGCCGUGGCCUCAUGAAGAAGAUGUCGGGCCACCAGCUCGCCAAGGAGAUCGGCUGCACUCCCGAGCACCUUCAGCAGACCUUCCAGACCUACAACGCCAUCGCCGAGGGCAAGCAGAAGGACCCGUGGGGCAAGCGCUUCUUCCACAACAUGCCGCUGGACAUCAACGACACGUUCCACGUCUCCCUGAUGGAGCCCGUGCUCCACUUCACCAUGGGUGGUAUCGAGAUCAACGACAAGGCCCAGGUUCUCAACAAGGAGAAGAAGCCCUUCGAGGGCCUCUUCGCCUGCGGCGAGCUGGCUGGCGGUGUUCACGGCGCCAAUCGUCUGGGCGGCUCCUCGUUGCUGGGCUGCGUCGUCUAUGGCCGUGUCGCCGGUGACUCUGCCAGCAACUACCUCUUCCAGCAGGUGCUCAAGGGCUCCUCGACCAGCGCGGCCCGCCUUGGCCAGAUCGCCCUGCACAUUGACCCCUCGACUCCGGGCAAGAUCUCGGUCGAGUGGACCGGUGCCAGCGGCGGUACCAGCGGCGGUGCCGAGGCGCCCAAAGCGCAGCCCGCGCCGGUCAGCCCGUCUGCCCCCAAGCAGCAGACGCAGACCAAGGACACCAAGUCGUUCUCCAUCCCUGACAAGGAGUACACCAUGGAGGAGGUCGCCAAGCACAACAAGAAGGAUGACCUCUGGGUUGUUGUCAAGGGCGUCGUGCUCGACCUUACCAACUGGCUCGACGACCACCCGGGCGGCCCUCAGGCGCUGCUCAACUUCAUGGGCCGCGACGCCACCGAGGAGUUCGAGAUGCUCCACGACGACGAGGUCAUCCCCAAGUAUGCGCCCUCGCAGGUCAUCGGGCGGGUCAAGGGUCAGAAGGUUACGCUGGAAAUUUGAAAAUAGGCCGGCGAGACGAGGCGCAGUCUCACGCACGAUUUUCUCUCACGCCGCGGCGCUGCUUGGGAACUCUCUGGCAAGGCGCACCUCUAUAGACUGGAUGGCUGGGCUAAGAAGAACGCACACCACAUGAAUCGCCCGCGGUUGGCUUCUGAGCCGGACGUGUAUCAUUGCUUUUUUGUUAUACGGGGAGGAGGAAUUAUCUUUCGGGAGCACUCAUAACCGGUUGGAUUUGAUCAGGUCGCUGGUUUGGCAGGGACAAUUGUUCGCCUGCGCUGUAUUGAUAGCGUCCCGAUUUCAGAUAUG